CAAUUAACCCUUAUUUUGAGGUCUUUACCUGAAGGUCCUGAGAAAAAGUCUACUGCAAUGAAGGGCCGUGCUUAUCAGCGGAUGGAAACUGAAAUUGGUUUUGGUAAACCGGUGCACAAAUCUGGUUUGAAGGCUGCCAUAAAGCCACUUUUGUAGUGGGCGGAGAAGCAAAUACCCAAACAAGCUCACAAGCAUGCCUCUGUGUUUCUAUAUGCUACAACUGGUGUUCGUAGGCUACCAAGCUUUGAUUCAGAGUGGGUUUUGGAGAAAGCAUGGUCCAUUUUGAAGAAAUCAUCUUUCUUAUGCCAGAAAAAUUGGGUUAAAACUAUCACAGGCAUGGAGGAAGCUCAUAUGGGUCUGUUAGGUUCAUCACCAACAAAGACACAUGGUGCACUGGAUAUGGGUGGUUCGUCAUUGCAAGUGACAUUUGAGACCGAAAAGCCCAUAAAUGAUGAGACAGGUAUAAAUUUGAGCACAAGAGUGCUCAAUCAUCAUCUGAGUGCAUAUUCUCUUUUGGGAUAUGGCUUAAAUGAUGCAUUUGAUAAAUCAGUGGUUCACCUUCUUAGAAUGCAACGACAAACAGUGAGCUCAAGUAAUGGUAAAAUGGAGCUUAGGCAUCCAUGCCUGCAGUCGGUGUAUAGAGAGAAAUAUAUAUGUUCUCAGUGUAACACAUCAAACCAAGAUGGAAGUCCUCUAAGUGCAUGCAAAACUAUGAGAAUUGGAAGGCCAGGUGUUCCUGUUGAGUUGAUUAGUGCACCUCAAUGGGAAUGUUAUAGUUCACUUGCAAAAGUAACAGUCAAUCUUUCUGAAUGGUUGAACUUAGGGCCUGCAAUUGACUGUGAACUACAACCUUGUGCUCUUAAUGAGAACUUGCAUGUACCACAUGGGCAGUUUUAUGCCAUGUCUUGUUUCUUUGUAGUGUAUCGGUUUUUCAACUUGACUUCAGAUGCAUCCUUGGAUGAUGUGCUGCAUGCGGGUCACAAAUUUUGCGAGGAAACAUGGGACGUUACAAAGCAUAGUGUUGUCCCGCAGCCCUUUAUUGAACACUACAGCUUCAGGGCACCAUAUAUUGUAUCACUGCUUAGAGAUGGACUGCACAUUACAGAUAACCAUGUACUUGGAUCUGGGAGCGUCACUUGGACCUUGGGUGUUGCUUUAUUGGAGGAUGGACAAGCAUUCUCAAGACAAUCAGAGUUCCAUGGCGCAAACAUAUUGCAUGAAAAUGCAAAUCCAGCUAUUCUGUUUGUUUUGUUUUUUAUAUCAGUUAUACUUCUUGCUUGUGCGAUAUCAUAUGCUUUCAACUGGACCCCCAAAGUUUUCAGAAGAUCACACCUCCCUCUUUUUAGGCAUAACAGUGCAAGUCAUUCCAUUCUCAACUUCCAACGGUAGAGCUCCAUAGUGGAUGGAAGAGUGAAGACGCCACUGAGUCCUACAAUUGCCGAUUCUGUGCAGCAUCCAUUUGGUAUGGGAGGUAGCAACAUUCACCUUGCAGAAUCACACCCUCUAGGUUUUGCACAUAGUUUUUCUUCUGGAAGCCUAGGUCAGAUGCAGUUUGGAAAUGGAGGAUCAUCCUUCAUGACUCCUCUUCGAGGUCAAACACUUCAAAGUCGUAGAUCACAAUCCAGAGAAGCCCUUAGUUCUUCAUUCGUCGAAAGCUCACAUCACAAAGGUGUAGCAUAUGCAAACAAACGAUGAGAGUGGUACAAUUAUCCUUUCUUAGUUAGCUUUUUAUUGUAUGCAAAUAACAAAUAGAAAUGAGAUAAUUUUCCCAUUAAUUUUAUUUUAUACUUUAUUUCAG